AUGACGUUUCCAGUCCCUGCCACCAAUCAAUCCCGUUCCAAUAUUUUACCUAUUGAUGCUUCAAUGACAUUGGGAGGAUUGCCACCACUCAACGAUGUGAAGCUUGAUCAUUUUGCUAUCUCCACUAAUGAUGUUGCUGGUGACAUUGAUUCCAAUGAAAUCGAGACGGCCUUUGCGAGUCUGGACACUGAAGCAGAUGAUACCAUUGAAUCCGACAAAGCGCUGCCACUGGAAUUCCAAUGCAGUUAUCGUCGAGGCAAGUGUUCGCAACCACGGACGUUCAAAAAGAACGGAUCGAUGCAUAGUUACUGUGAACAUCAUCGCCAGCUUUCGAUACGCAACCAACGAGCGUUUGACCAGAAAAAACGACGCCAACGACGAGAACUUGAGGCUCAAGAAGCCGAAAAACGACCUUGUUACGCUCGACGACAAGCGUCAGAUUCAUGA